AUACAAUGGCUUUCACUCCUCCGCCUCCUUACGACCCCACGGACAAGAACGGCUUCUCUUACAAGACUGUGAAUACCCGAUGGCCGGUUAUCCUGACGGGCAUCAUCGACACGCUGUGUAAUGUCAACCACGAGCUGCACGUACAAGCCUCUGCUGCGAACACGAGCGAGGAUGUCGCGAAGCAGGCAAAAGAAAGGAUCAGUCAGGGAAAGUCCGUCAUCGAGAAGAUCAGCAAGUUGAAGUACGAGAUGGCCCGCGACAAGGAGCUUGAACUCCUUUCCGAGGAUGGAGAACCUCAUGUUGGGCUAUACAAUGCGCAACUAGAAGCGCUCAGGCAGGAGGGAAAGCACACCUGGUACACGGCACCGUGGCUCUUUGCAGAGUGCUACCUAUAUCGUUUUCUUCGCAACUACUUCGUCACUUCGGGAUUGCGUGACUAUGACCCGUUCUUCAAGCAGAAGAUAGAUACAUUCGCUAAGAGCUCAGUUGCCAUCCUGCAGCUCACCUCAACGCUUCACACUCUCGAGUCUUCUCCUACGACGGAUUCAGCCGGUCUUGAGGUUCUCUUCAAAGAAAUGAUACAAAUGUGUCUUUGGGGCAACGCGACCGACCUUUCCCUUCUGACCCACCUCACGGUCGAGGACAUCUCGCGUCUUCAGUCUGUGGGGCGUGAGGAGCAAGAGAAGCGCUCCCAGUUCAUCUUGCGCGACGAUCAGCGCGCGAUCUGGCGUCGACUCCAGAACAUGGGUGACAAAAAACGCAUUGACUUUGUCUUGGAUAAUGCUGGUUUCGAGGUCUUCACUGACCUGGUUUUCGCGGACUUCCUCGUCACAUACACCCCUUACGUGAACAAGGUGGUCUUCCACCCUAAACUGAUCCCUUGGUUCGUCUCUGACGUGACGCCCCCUGACUUCAAUGCGGCUAUCGAGGCGCUGACCCGAGCGGACUUCUUCCCCUCGUCGCAAGCUAGCGAGGUCGGAGCUGUACAGCAGGUCGUUUCACGCUGGAAGAAGUAUCUGGCGGACGGUACAUUCUCGCUAAGCGUCCCUUUGGACACACCCCUAGGGGGAGGCGGCGAGAAGGGGAGCAAGGCCGAAUUUUGGACUUCGCCUCACCCAUACUGGAAUAUGGUGUCAGAGGCGCCUGCACUUUGGCGGGAGCUGCACGAGGAGAGUGGAAUGGUCUUCUUCAAGGGUGACUUCAGCUACCGCAAGCUUACUGGAGACGUGAAAUGGCCAGCUUCCACGCCGUUCGAGACCGCCCUUGGACCCUUGGCCGGUACUAUUCCUGUGGCCGCUUUGCGCACCAACAAGGCGGAUGUAAUAGUCGGUCUUCCUGAGGACGUAGCCGCCCGGCUCGACAAGGCUGAAGGUAUCAAAUGGCGUACAGACGGGAGGUAUGCAGUUGUAGAGAUGUAUGACCGUGUGUAAUUGUGCACUUUUGCUUCGCUUAGUGCCACCAUGAUACGACCAAGCCUACCACGCUAAAUAUACAAGACCCGAUCAUGUACUUCUGUAUAGACUGUGACGCUAUUUUGCAAGACGCAAGGCGAUGAUUUGCGUGUCCGUGGUUAGCCAC